CCGUCUGCCUCAGAGAAGCGGCGCAGUGUGUACCUACUUAACUUUCCACUGCGCGGGACUCAUCUGACCACUAACUCCUUCAGUUUGUUUACUUUGUCUAACACUUCGGAUUGUCCUUUUUUCGUUUCUGCUUCUGAACUUUAAUUCAGAAUAUUGUCCUAAUCCAGCGCUGCAGCAGUAGAGAGUCAUGGUCCUGGCCAGAUCCCUUCUGGUGCUAGCUGUCCUCUGCGCUCCUCUGUCCAGCCUCUGCUUGCGGCCACCCCAAACUGACCCCAGCCUGCUCUGCCCUGACGAGCUCCUCCCCACAGCGAACAAUGAGGAGCCGCCGCUAAACUCGCUCUACGACACCCUGCAGCUCCUCCACAGGGCUGGAGACUCCCUUUCUCUCGAGGAGAGCCGAGAGAGGAGGACUUCUCCUGGGUCUGGCUACAGGUUUUUGAGCCAGAGCAUGCUCAGGAGGAGUAAGAUGUACCGGAACGGGGCCAAAGGUGACCGGGGCAGCAGAAUGACUCUUUCAUUGGAUGUGCCCACCAGCCUUAUGAACAUACUGUUUGACAUUGCCAAAGGCAAGAGCCUGCGUGCCCAGGCUGCCCACAAUGCACGCUUAAUGGCACAGAUCGGCUAGAGGGGACAGCACAGCGCCUCCAGAAGCAGACUUUUCUCACUCACUGUCUAAUAAAUGUCAUCAAGUCGCCUCUCAAAUUAGCAAUAAUGUGGAGCAGGUGUCACAAUUUGACUUUAAAGGAAAUUCCCACUAGUCUUUGUGGAUCAUUUAUUUAAGCCGGUUUAGUGAUGUAUAAAUCUAAGGAAUGUAUUUCUACUGGAAAAAGGUGAUAUAUUGAUAAAAUGUUACAAUAGUUUAUGCUGGCCAGCCUACAAAAGCACGAGAAAGCUUAGAUGAAUAUCAUUGUGGUGGGAAAUAAAUGUUGGGUGGAGUUGAAGGCAAAA